UUCGGAAUAAAAAAUUUGAAACAACCUGCCAAAUUUCUACUUCAACAAAAAUCAAGAUUACAUUUUCGUCUGGUUAAUUAUUCACAUAUUUCCUGUUAUACUAAUAACUAUUGGUCACAAACUGUAAGCUCCUUAUCACGUAUGAAAAUAUCACUUAUAAAUCGUGUAUAUUUUAGUACAAUUAAAACUUCAAAUUCUAUUAAUGACAGUUCCAGUAUUAUUCAUGAAGAAACUGAACAAAAAAAAAAGAAACAAUGGUCUUGGAAAAUGAUGAAAUAUAGUCUUAUAUUUUUUGGUGCAUCAAUUAGUAUGGCAUGCUUAUCAUUGAUUUAUGAAAUUAGUAAACCUAAUUAUGACGAAAAUGGUAAUAUAAUUCAAGAUGAAUUCAAUGACUUACCUUAUAUUCAACAGCUAUAUUAUAGAUUUAAAAAAGAAUUAUCUUAUUAUAAAAAGUUAGUACAAGAACCGAGCAGGGACAAACUUCUGCCCGAUCCUUUGAAGCAUCCCUACAUUCAACCACCUUACACAAUUAUAUUAGAAUUAACAGAUGUUUUAGUUCAUCCUGACUGGACGUACCAAACUGGAUGGCGAUUUAAAAAGCGUCCUGGAAUAGAUCAUUUUCUUGAAACAAUUGCUCCACCACAAUUUGAAACAGUUGUUUAUACUGCUGAACAAGGUUUGACUGUAUUUCCUAUUUUGGAUGCACUUGACUCACAAGGAUGUAUUAUGUAUAGACUUGUUCGAGAUGCAACACGAUUUGUCGAUGGACAUCAUGUAAAAGAUUUGGAUGCUCUUAAUAGAGAUCUUAGAAAAGUUAUUGUAAUCGAUUGGAAUUCAGAAAGUGUAAAGUUCCAUCCUGAAAAUAUGUUGAAGAUACCACGCUGGAAUGGAAGUGAUAAUGAUACGACUUUAUAUGAUUUAGCAUCAUUUCUUAAAACAAUAUAUGAAACCAAUGUAGAUGAUAUACGAGAUGUCAUAAACUACUAUCGUCAGUUUGAUAACCCUUUGGAAACAUUCAGAGAAAAUCAAAGAAAAUUAUUGAUACAACUUGAGGAAGAAGAAAGUAAAGCCCACAUAAAAGAGAAUAAACACUUAGCAUCAAAAUGGCGACCUUCUUUUUAAUGCAGUUAUAAACAUAAUUAAUAAAAUUUAUUAAUA